CCAUUAGCGAUAUUUUAUUUUCUACGUUGUCCUUUAGGUCUUUUGGAAAUCCCAAAUCCCACCCAGAUGAAUUCCGAUCAGAGUGAGAAACCCUAAUUUUUCCGAGAUUUUUCGAUCUCCCGGUAAUCGAAUCGGGGUUUCGUGUUCGGAUUCGGAAAACUCUCAAUUGAUUGUUUUCCAGGGGGGAUUUUCCUUCGUCUUUGUCGUUUGAUUUCGUUGCCAAACAUGGAUGGAAACAAAGACGACGCGUUGAAGUGCCUGAAAAUUGGCAAGGAUGCGAUGGAGGCCGGAGAUCGAGCUCGAGCUUUGAAAUUCUUAACGAAAGCUUGUCGCCUUGAUCCGAGUCUCCCGAUCGAUAAUCUCGUGUCGGAGCUGGAGAAGCAAUCUGACGAUCCAACGGCUGAGGGUUCGCCUGGAUCCGCAGCCAAGGAGUCGCCAAAGGCGUCGGGUCGGCCUUCUCUGCGACAACGUGGACCAUCGGCUUCGGCGGCUGCAGGGUCAUCAUCAUCGGGAUCGGCUUCGUACACCGAAGAACAGAUCGCGAUCGUGAGACAGAUAAAGUCGAAGAAGGAUUAUUACGAGAUUCUAGGGUUAGAAAAGAGCUGUUCAGUGGAAGAUUUGAGGAAGGCAUAUCGGAAACUCUCCUUAAAAGUUCAUCCCGACAAGAACAAAGCCCCUGGUUCAGAAGAAGCGUUCAAAUUCGUGUCAAAGGCGUUUCAGUGCCUAAGCAAUGAGGAGACUCGGAGAAAGUACGAUAUCAGUGGUUCGGAUGAACCCGUUUACCAACCUCGGCGAGCCGCGAGGAGAAACGGGUUCAAUGGCUAUUAUGACGAUGAAUUCGACGCCGACGAGAUUUUCCGGAGCUUCUUUUUCGGUGGAAUGCCUCCUGCGACUGCCCAAUUCCGCACAUUCAAUUUCGGCGGCGGAAUGGGCGGUCAACGAACCGCCAAUCAAGCAUCUGAUGCAGGGUUCAACGUCCGUGUUCUUCUUCAGCUUCUCCCCGUUCUGCUUAUACUGUUGCUCAAUUUCCUGCCUUCUUCACAGCCAGUUUAUUCCCUGUCUGCAUCGUAUCCUUAUGAGUACAAAUUCACUACGAAUAGGGGUGUCAAUUACUUUGUGAGAUCAUCCAAGUUCGAGCAGGAGUACCCACUUAACAGCCUUGAGCGACAGAGGACAGAAGCGCAAGUCGAGAGAGAUUAUUACUCCGUAGUGUCUCAAAAUUGUCGGUACGAGCUGCAGAGGCAACAAUGGGGUUUUAUCCGCGAAACCCCACACUGUGACAUGCUGCGGAAGUUUGAGUCUGCUGCUUAGCACUUAAACCAAGUUGUUUCGGAGUAUGCUUCCUCGCAUACUAAACUCGGAGGAACAUGGUUGAAUCGAUGACGAGACACAGACAUGGAGGAUAACGGAUGUUUAGGAGUCUUUCGGUAAUAUGGUUCCUGCUUUUUGCUGACGCCCUUUGUUAAAAAUUUGAAGAUCCGAAAAUGCUAUAUAAUAUACAGCCCAUGUGAAGUCUUCUUGAUAUUUGUUAUUGUUUUCCUAUGUUUAUUAAUGUUUAGUAUACAAAAUAACACAGCCGGAUGGUGUUUUGUGUGAUGCAUCUCUACUUCUCGGACUUGAGAAUUUGAUUGGGUGUAAAGAUAUAUCGUAUGAUGGAAAUUUACAGAUUCCAAGCAAAUCCCUUUGGAAAGUAGUCAUCUUUGGAUGCUAUCACCAGCAACCCUGAAUGCAUUGUCACAACUGUUCCGAGGCAAGGCAAGAAGAUAAGGUGAAUGCGGGUUCGGUCACGUACGAAUUCUAGCAUCGCUUCCUUGGCUCGUCCCUUGGCCUUUUGCCCGUUAGCUUUUGUAUCUUCCGUGUACCGAGCAUUUGGAUACCACAAGGUAUACGAAGCUUGGGUACUCGGCUCACGCAAUGCGCCGAGGUUAUGUAUUUCGGUCGAAAGAUGCGAAUGUGCAUGCCGAAAUUGAGUACAGUGGAAAACCCGAAUAUGCGAUCGGUGCCCAAGCUUAAUGGUGUUCCGUUCCUUAAUUCAAUGAGGCCGAAUUUAGAACA